CAAAGCUAGCUGCAGUUAAACUUCAUCUCAACUUGCACACUACUCUUUUGUCUUUCAUGUGUCAAUUACAAACAAACAAUGAUCACUAAUAUAUAUUAUGACAAUGUGGUCUAGCUACUCUUAUUAUGGAACCACUCAAGGGAUUUCGAUUAUGUCUUAUUUCCAUUCUCCUUUUUCUCACUACUCUUAUUACUCAAACCUUAAGCUCAACUGAGUUUGAUGACAGUGAAUAUAAAGAUUGGGAAAGCUAUACUGAUCAUAUACCAAAUUCCAUCUUAACUUAUGGGAGUGAAAUGGAGGAGGAAGCUGAAUGGCAGAUGGUACAAAAGAAAGGAAACCAAUUUAUAGUGAAUGAGCAACCUUUCUAUGUAAACGGAUUCAACACUUAUUGGUUGAUGGUAUUUGCCGCGGAUGAGUCCACAAGAGGAAAGGUCACUGAUGUGUUCAAACGUGCAUCCUCGGUUGGUAUGACAGUUUGUAGAACAUGGGCUUUCAAUGAUGGCCAGUGGAGAGCUCUUCAGAAAGCUCCGUCACUUUAUGAUGAACAAGUAUUCAAGGCCCUUGAUUUUGUUGUGAGUGAAGCAAAGAAAUACAGAAUCAGGCUCAUAUUAUCUUUGGUUAACAAUUGGGAAUCAUAUGGUGGCAAAGCACAGUAUGUCAAGUGGGGCAAUGCUGCUGGCCUUAAUUUGACCUCUGAUGAUGAGUUUUUUUCACAUCCAACUCUCAGAGGAUAUUACAAGGACCAUGUAAAGAUGGUGCUAAAUAGAGUUAACACAUUCACAAAUAUCACUUAUAAGGAAGAUCCAACAAUAUUUGCUUGGGAACUAAUGAAUGAACCUCGAUGCACCUCUGACUCCUCAGGUGACAAGUUACAGGAAUGGAUUAAAGAGAUGGCGUUCUAUGUUAAGAGCGUUGAUCCAAAACACCUAGUGGAGAUUGGCCUAGAAGGAUUUUAUGGACCUUCAACACCUCAAAGAUUUCAGUUCAACCCAAAUUCAUAUGCUCAACUGGUUGGAACUGAUUUUAUCAGAAACCACCAGGUUCUAGGUGUCGACUUCGCUUCUGUUCACAUAUAUCCAGACUCUUGGAUUUCACAAUCAGUUGGUGAUAGCCAUAUACCAUUUGUGAAGUCUUGGAUGGAAGCCCACAUAGAGGAUGCUGAAAAGUAUCUUGGAAUGCCGGUUGUUUUUGGUGAGUUUGGUGUAUCUGCAAAAGAUCCUGGGUAUAAUUCAACGUAUAGAGAUACACUUAUAAAUACUGUGUACAAGACAAUUCUAAACUCUACAAAGAAAGGAGGCAGUGGUGCUGGAAGCCUUUUGUGGCAGCUGUUUCCUGAUGGAACGGAUUAUAUGGAUGACGGUUAUGCAAUUGUUCUCUCAAAAGCUCCUUCUACUUCAACCAUGAUUGCCCUUCAAUCCACAAGGCUUGCCCUAUUCAACUCCCUCUGCUCUCAGAGAUGCCACUGGAGUUGUAAGAAGAAAAAAAGUACUAUAUCAGGAUGAUGACCUUGCAAGAGGGUCAGCUUCAGUUUGAAAACUAUGGAACCAUUGGAACAACUAAAGUGAAGAGUGAACAUUUUAAUAUGGGGAUUCACAGUGACAUUCUGUUUAUGUAAUUGUGUUGAUGCCAAUAGUGUAGUCACUUUAUAUAUAUGCUUUGACUUGAUCAUGUGGCAAUUAGUGCAAAAAUAAGCUAGCAUUUUAGGGUGGUGAUAAUAACUAGUUUGAAAGCCAUAUAAGCACAAUUUCGUGUAGAAAAGAAAACUACCCAAAUGACAUUGCCAUGUAGAAUUGAAUGCAUAAUCAGGUGUUUGUCAAAAAAAAAAAAUGGCAUCAGGUGUCAAUACUAAAUUCAAUCCACUCAUUUUGUUUAA